GUCUGCUGCAUGAAACCCCACUUGCACCAAUUUACUUUUUUCUAUGUUGAUCAUCGACAAGCAAUCCAUUCCUUUCUAGAACACCUUGAACUUGAAGAAGCACCCACCUCACGCCGUGCACCCUAGAUACUAUCUACUACUACGCAGUACACACAUCUUUUGUACCCACAAAAAGCAUGUGGGGGAAAAUCUCCUUUCAUCGAUCGCGAAAGCCGGUCAUCGGCACGCCCACGCUGAUCGACAAGAGCUUGGAUGAUGAGGUCUAUCGCUCUCUGUCUUCCGCUCCUGGCGGCAUAAAUAGCGAAAAACAUUCCCGAGCCCAACCGGCUAUCGCACGCAACCCUGCGGACUCGCUCCUUCCUGCGCAACGCCCGGACUCGAGUCGUCGAGCCGUUUCCUCCUCCCAUGCCCUGGACAUCCCGACUGGUGAUCCGCUUCACCAGCGCUCCGUCAGCCUGACACAUAACGCGCCCCAGGAUCCGGCCUCCCUCAGUCUCAGUCACGACCUCGACCGACCCGAAAGUGUGGGCAUUUCGCCUCCCGACUCCCCCAUUUCCUUCAGCCACCCGCCCCUCAGUCGCGGGAGCUCCCGCGUUUCACCGAUAGAGGACGAACCCAGGGAGGAUCUAAGCGCGGACAUGGAGAACAAGGAGAACAGCAAGUUUGCCAGCCAUUUGCCGGUGCGCAAACGUGCCGGUUCGCAGGCAGACCGUCUACAGACACCCAAGCCAAUCUCGAGAGGCCAUGCGACCGGGUGGGACGACUUUUCGGGCAGCCCGUCAUCUGGCGGCCACUUAGCCCCUGGAGGGGUUUCUUUCCGCACCGAGAUCUCGGCAAACCCCCCAUCGACCCAAGGUUCGAAUAUCUUUGGCUGGGGCAAGCAAAAGAAACCAUCGGAACCACGCACACGGCCAUCGAGGGUCGACAAUACGUUCUCGCCCGCUUUGCGCGAGCCCUGGAAAGGAGCUAGCGGGCGGUCUCCAAUAGUGACUCCUAUCCAAGAAAAGCCGGGAGCUAAGCCGUUGGCACGGGUUCACAUGUCCAGAAGCAAUGACCGAUUGAGAGACCACCGAACAGAUAGCCCGACCCCCGAUUUCGUUCCGCACGCGGUUGUUCCGACCGUCGUAACCACCAUCACGGCGGGUGAGCCCAAGUCGAAGGGGCCGGAGAAGGACAAACCGGCUUUUGGCAAAGAGCAUUAUCGAACACGAACAUCCGAGGAACGCGCUCCGACCCCCAGCAUCAGCAGCAUUGCACCACCUCGUGUUGACCUUCCGGAGCCUGAUUGGGAGUCCUCAUUGGUGGACUUGAGGCUGACCACGGAUGAGUUGGCCGAAGAGCCCGCGAGUCGCUUCAGUGCAACCACGUACGAGCCUACAGAGACGGGCAGCUCCAUAGGAAGUGCGCGCGUUAGCUUGGACGGUGCGUCCCAGUCCACCGACAAUUUUGCAUCGAUCAUGUCUCGGAAGCGUCCGGUGCCCAGCGCGAUUGCUCCGGGGAAAAAGCCCACGCGGAAGCCCACUCCGUCUCAGGCCCUGGGAGAUGCCGAGGCUCCCAAGGAGCCCGAUCAAGUCACGCCAGAGCAGCAGAUCCAAGGUCGCAUCGAUGCGCUGGAGGCACGCAAGGACACGCUUGCGCGCCGCAAGACGAACAUCAAUACGAUUAUCUAUGAGCUGACUCAGGCGAUCCAACCGAGCUCCAUUGCUUACGACAUGGCUGCCAAGGACGAGGUCAAGCGGACGGUUGCCAGUCUCGAAACAGAGCUGGCUGAGAUCAAGAGAGAAGAGCACGAAAUUGGCCUCAAGCUGUUCAGGGCCUGGAAGAAGCGCGACGACAUUGGUGGCUACGGAGGCUCCAGCCUAUGGGUCAAGCGAGUCACCAGUUGAACGUCAGCGCUGCUUCUUAACUUUAUUUGGGUAUCCCUCCAUCCGUCCGUUCAUUGUUGUUUUGUUUAUUUGCAUCAUCCUUGGCCAAAACGUCCUGCCGCUGGAUAGCUGGUUGGGGCGUGUUUUUUCAGCGUUGCAAAUACCCUUGCGCAGCAUACAGCCGGUUCAUGUCUACUUCUUUCUUUCUGGUCAUACUGGUAAGGCGUCUGUCUGUCUUUCUCUCUGACUGUGCUGUGCACAGUGAUACCCUUUCCGCUUGUUGGGAGGCUA